AUGGCAAGAACAAAGCAGACAGCUCGUAAGUCCACCGGCGGCAAAGCUCCCAGGAAGCAGUUGGCCACCAAGGCUGCCCGCAAGAGUGCCCCGGCCACCGGCGGCGUCAAGAAGCCUCACCGCUACAGGCCCGGCACCGUAGCUCUUCGCGAAAUCCGCCGCUACCAGAAGUCCACCGAGCUCCUCAUCCGGAAGCUUCCGUUCCAACGUCUCGUAAGGGAAAUUGCCCAAGAUUUCAAGACCGACCUGCGCUUCCAAAGCUCCGCCAUCAUGGCGCUGCAGGAGUCCAGUGAGGCCUACCUGGUGGGCUUGUUCGAGGACACCAACCUGUGCGCCAUCCACGCCAAGAGGGUCACAAUCAUGCCGAAAGACAUCCAGCUGGCACGUCGCAUCCGCGGGGAGAGAGCUUGAUUUGCUCCCGCCCAA